CACUCCAAACAACAUCGAACACAUUAACUGCAUGUUGCCGCGUUGUCAUGCACCGUGAAAUUGGUAAGUCACGAUGCCGCUUCAGCAACUACGGCAGUGUGCAACGUUGAAGGCCACGUAAUUAACAUUUUCUGUUUUCUAAAAGGAUUAAUGCCAUUGUUGAUAAGGACGUUGCCGUUGCCGUUGUAUUUCCCAAACUCACUAUUGUAUGCUGCUAUACGGCAUAAUUUACAUAUAUGUGCAUGUGUGUAUUUCCAUAAGAAUUCUUGCUUCACAUCCCCUCCAAGGAGUUCAAGAGCGUGGCACAAUGUCGAUAAUUACUUUAACUGAAACGGUACAGGAGAGUCGUGAAUGUAGUGUUAGUUGUGUUUACACGGAAAUGACGGAAUAAGGACAUCCUCUUUGUUUUGCGCGUUUUCACAGCAUUUGUAGUUGCCUGGUAGGAGGAACAUUUCAAUUCUGGAUGAAGAAUAUUUGUAGAGCCAUGGUUGUUUUAGACAUGUUUUUCUUCAUGGUCACGCUACAGUGAUGUUGAGAGAGUCACCAUGUAUAGCAAAUAAUAAUUAUCGCAUGAUAACAACCAUGUUCGUGGGAUGCUGCAGUUGCACAACAUCAGUUUUCGCUCUUGUUUUCAUCAACCGACAGAGACGCCGGAACAGGGAGGAAAGCAGCAACAGUUGUACCCUUUCACGAAAAUAUUUCCCCGUCUCGCAUCGUCCGGCGUCCCUGCGGCUACGACCAGCGUUUUUACCCGUUAAAUGUCUUCAGUUAACGAUAUUGAAAGUGAAUUAUUAUUCAACAACUUUUAAAAAUAUUUCUUCUAUAAUUAAUAAACAGCCCACCAAUUACAAUUUUAUACUUUUUUAAUAGGAGAUGGGAAAAUUUCAGGCCACAUCACUUGCACUUGCCAUGACGUUUGUUGCUUUAUUUUAUUAUGACUCAUGUUCAGCCCGAGGUAUUGAAAUUAAAUCUCCUCGCCUGGACAAAGAUAAAGAAAUACAAGCCCAAAAAACAGGGAAACUUGCCUUACAUAAUCCUCAUAGCAGACAGAAACGUGGUCUAUUCUCUGGCAUCAGCAAAGGAUUAACACUUGCAUCUUGGAGCAGUUAUGGUGCGAGUAUGGGUGUCACCGUAUACCAUGCUAUUCGAAGAUGUGAAGAUUAUCGUCCUAAGCCAUGUAAACACCCAAGAUGUCUUUAUUUGACUCCUUGUCCUGAUUUUCUCUGUCAAAGUUCUGAAAAUAAUAAGAAUUAUGUGGAUCAAGAAAAAGUGAAGAUGAAGAAACAGUUAGAUGAAAUAGACGCCUCAUUAUUGCGAGCCUUCAAAUAUGAAGUCGACGGAAAAUCUGCAAACAUUAACAAUGAACGAAUACUGAAUGACAUAAAUACAAUCUAUGGGAAUGUGGAUAGAUUCAUAAAGGGGAUUGAGAGCGUGGACGUUCAGAUUUCUGCCAAAUUCCAAGAGAGGUCAUCUACAAUUCAGGCAAUGGUAAAUGACAAAAGGACAACAGUGGAUCAGAUUGUAUCAAGUCCAACAAUCCAAGGGAUUUUUGAUAAGUGGACGUGGGAUGGUACAGGUCGUUUUGUUUUUUCCCUGGCAUUGACUAUUGGUUAUGGAAUUUAUGUACCGCUGAAAGAAAGAUUUGCCGUUAAUAAGAUUUAUCAAGAGAUGAAGGUUGAUUUUGAAAACAAGUUUGUGGGCCAACGAACCGCCGCCAAUCCAAACGGUCUUAAUCAACCAAGAAUCCACAACAAAUUCGCGUAUGUUCAAGGCUUGUCGACCAAACAGAUUCAAGCUCAAAUCAAAACUGCUGCAAAAGCGGUACAUAAGUCUAACCAAGCAGCCAAAAGUCAAACAUUUGUAUCGAAAUUAAUUGGGCCAGUGGUAAAUGGGUUAUACACAGCUUUGUCUGUGUGGUCUGUUUAUAAGCAAAUAUCUGAUUGCCAGAAGAUAACAGAUGAUAUGCAAGAAACAGCAUUAAAUGUAACUGGUACAAGAGACGAAAUUGAGAAAAUCAUCGUUACGGAGGUUAACCCACUAUUUCAGGAUAUUUAUGACCAGACCUGGAAACCAGCACGAGAUUUAUUAACAAACGAAACAAUAUUAGACAUGUUGGAAGGAAUUAAAAACCUCACAACUGAAGCAAAUUUUACGGACACCUCCCCUGUUAACGCAAUUGAAGCUUUUCUGGCAAACAUCAACACAGCAACGACCUCAGGCAUCUUAUACUUGCAAGAAAAGUUGAUAAUUGCGUUAGACACAAUUGAGAAAUGGUUCAGAUGUAUAGCCGAUAAACAACACGCGAUAGCAGUUGUAAUAAAUGACUGCAAGUCAGGUCGAGAUACACUCAAAGUACUUUAUGAUGAAGCAGGUUCGAUGUAUGAUUUAAACACUCAGACAUGUGUUGACAUGAAGAUUGUGCUACAUACAACACUAGAAGACCUUGGGAAAAUCAUCACGGCGACAGCUUUAGAAAAAGGCUGGCAUGGAAACUGUCUUCUAAACAAUGAAGAUUUACUUUACCGUGUUUGUUCGGAGAAAGAAAAGGGAUUUGUAAAUCCAUCUCAAAUCGUUGCAAAUGUUAACAGAACUGAUCUAAGUGAAGAUAUGGUUUCUAACUUCUUAACACGAUGUCCACCACCCAAGAUUACACCCAAAAACCAAGCAAGUACAUGUCUUUUUUACUGCUUUUAUAAAACAACACAACAAAUUGCGACCUUUGUUGGACUGAAUGAGAAUCAAGUUUUGGAAAUUAUACCAUCUUGUGGAAUAUGCAGUGUAAAGGAGAGCGAGAAGACACAGAUAUGUUAUUCGCAUUUCUGCAGCGGAAUGACUGCGAGUGACAUUGAGAUAAUGGUUGAAAUACCUUUACCGACUGUAAUUGAUGUUAUCAAGAAUUGUGUUCAGAAGUGUAUUUUGAAGGAUUCGGAGAAGCAAGAAGUGUGUCAACAAUUGAAGUGUAAAAAAUACGACAGCAAGACAAUAGCCAGUUCCCUAAAGUUUCCUCUAGCAACCAUUGAAGAAUUGAAACCGCAAUGCGACACCAUUGUAAAAGAUUGUACAGCAGCAAUUGAUGAUGCAGAAAAGCGCUUCGUUUUCCUUCUACAUUGCUCGCAUAAUUUUUCUGCCGGUCGUAUAGUGAAAUAUGUGGAGCUUUCGUUGCAGGAUGUUGAAAGUAUUAUUAAAUCAAAGACUUGUGACGAUUACUUGAAAAAUGGCGUUUAAACAGAGUCAAUGGUACUUUGAAGGAGAAAUUAAUUUUGUAUCAAUAUUUGCUAGUUUCGUUAUUUUUAGAUGCGCGGUAUUGUACAAAGAACGACUACUGUGUAAAACUUUUCAAUCUUUUUAAAUCUUUUUGAGAACAGUUCUUUUUCAUAUUAUAUCAUAUAAAACGUAUUCGAUAAAGUUGGGAUAAUACAAAUUAAAUA